AUGAUGUGGCCCAACUUUUUCCUUCAGGACCGGGAGCAGCGCAUAGCCAUGCGCAGGCGGGGAGGGGGUCAACGGCAGAAGGUCCUGACGGACGAGCAGGAAGGCAAGAUCAAGCUGGCUUUCUUUGUGGCCAUCGUGGGAAUGACCCUGACAGUGCUGGCGGUGGGCACGGAAUUCUGGGUGGAGCUCAACACCUACAAGCAGAACCACUCCGCCAUCUGCGAGGCCGCCCACUAUGGCUUGUGGAAAUUCUGCUACAAGAAACUGUGGGUCUACGACGUGGGAGAUGAGAGAGGCACCUGUGGGCCUGCAGAGCUGCCUGGUGAAGCUAACUGUUCUUAUUUCAAAUUCUUCACCACUGGGGAGAAUGCCAACAUCUUCCAAAGGACUACAAAAAAGGAACUGAACAUCACGGCAGCCGUUGUGUCCCUCCUCAGCAUCACCUUGAUGGCCAUGGGGUCUCUCUGCAUCACAAUGGCCCUGAGCAAAGGAGUUGAGUUCCUCCUGAAGCCAGCAUCCUGCUUCUUUAUAAUAUCAGGACUGAUGGUAUUGGUGACUCUGGAGCUUUUCCGACAAUCGGUUCGGUGGCUGAUCACCUCCAAUGAGUCCAUCCCCCUGGAAUAUGAGUAUUCCUGGUCUGUGGCUUGUGCAGUGUCUGCAGGGGUGAUUCUGAUCUUCGGGGGAGCCUGCUUCAUCCUGUUGUCCAUCCCAGAUUUGCCCAAAAAGCCCUGGGAGUAUUGCAUCCGAAAGCGAAGCACCAGUAACCACACUUCCUAA